UGGAGUGUUGAUCUGCAGUGUAUGCCAUGCCAUACACUGCACACACACGCGAAAAUAUCAAGCAAACCUCCCUUCUCCCUUCAACCUAGAAUAAGACAAAGAUGUCACACAAUCAUCAUCAUGGAGAUGGCUGUGGCCACGAACACAACGAUGAUGAUCAUAUCAAACCCGGAGAAGGUCAACAAGAUUCGUUAUACGGCCGAAUUGAUCGAGACAAUGUGACAGCUUUAAACGAACAAAUACCCGAGAUGGCCAAAGGAAUAAUUAAGCCGUUCGAUAAACAAACCGAUGAAGAAACAUUCCUGGAAAGUGAUGCAGAUGAUCAAUUGAUCAUUCGUGUUCCAUUCAUUGGUGGUGUAAAAUUACGUGCGAUCAUGAUGAAAGCUGGACCUAGUGAACAAACUCCGGAAGAAAUUCACCUUUUCGCUAAUCGAGAAGAAUUGGAUUUCGAUCAAGCUUCUUCCGGAGCACCUGAACCAACGCAAAAGUUGACUUCUAUUGCGGUAGGAAGAGAAGUGAUCAGUUAUCCACUCAAAACGGCAAAGUUCAACAAUGUUCGUACACUGCACAUCUUUGUUCCUAAAAGUUUGGGUGGAGAUACAAGUAGAAUCUACUUUUUGGGUUUCAAAGGUGAAUGGCUUGGAGAACAAAGACGGGAAGGGCCGACAAACAUCAUUUAUGAAUCCGCUCCUCAAGUCAAAGAUCAUAUGAAGAUCCCUGGAACAGAAAGUGGAGCGCAUUCCAUGGGACCUGGAAGAGGCCAAUGAUCCGAUACUAAAAGUUGUACUAUACGAGAAUGAUCAAAGAUUUAUUAUCGCAUGCUCAGAGACUGAGUC